AUGCUGCUGAUUGUCUUCCUUGUCAUCGUGUGUUGCCGUGUGUCUGUGAACCAAAGUCCUGGCCCUCAGUAUGGCGACGUGGUGUUCCUGGUGGACAGCUCGGAUCACCUGGGAGUUAAGAACUUCCCUUUCGUGAAAGCCUUCCUGAACAAGAUGAUCACCAGCCUCCCCAUCGAGGCCAGCAAGUUCCGCGUGGCGCUGGCGCAGUACAGCGACCAGCUCCACAGCGAGUUCGAGCUGAGCACCUUCAAGGUCAAGGGCCCCAUGCUGAACCACCUCAAGAAGAACGUGGAGUUCCUGGGCGGCGCCCUGCGCGUGGGCAGCGCCCUGCGGGAGGCGCACAGGGCCUACUUCUCCGCAGCCCCCGACGGCAGAGACAAGAAGCAGUUCCCCCCGGUCCUGGUGGUCCUGGCUUCGGCCGAGUCCGAGGACGACGUGGGGGCGGCUGCGGAGGCCCUGCGGCGAGACGGGGUGCGAAUCAUCUCCGUGGGGGUGCAGAAGGCUGCUGAGGAGGGCGUCAGGGCCAUGGCCACGUCUCAGUUCCAUUUCAGCCUCCGAACGGCCCGGGACCUCAGCACGUUCUCGCACAACGUGACGCAGGCCAUCAGGGACGCGGUGCAGUACAGGGACACAGCCAUGGAUGACAUCCUUGUAGAAGUUUGCCAAGGCCCUUCCAUGGCUGACGUCGUAUUCCUGUUGGAUGUGGCAGUCAAUGGCAGCCUGGAGGACUUUGACCAUCUGAAAGGAUUCCUGCAGGAAAGCGUGUCUGCCCUUGACGUAAAGGAAAGCUGCAUGCGGGUCGGCCUGGUGGCCUACAGCAAUGAGACGGAGGUGAUCGGCUCCCUGAGCGAGGGCGUCAAUCGGUCCGCAGUUCUCCAUCGCAUACAGAGCCUCUCCCCCGGAGCUGGAGAAGCCUACACGGGAGCUGCCCUGCGGAAGAUCAGGAAGGAGGUGUUCGGAGCCCGCGGUGGCAGCCGGAAGAAUCAGGGCGUGCCCCAAAUUGUGGUGCUGGUGACUCACAGGGCUUCAGAGGACAAUGUGACCAGGGCGGCCGUUAACCUCCGGCGCCAGGGAGUGACGGUGUUCACCCUGGGCGUGGAGGGGGCCAAUGCCACCCAGUUGGAAAAGAUAGCGUCUCACCCUGCCGAGCAGUACGUCUCCAAGCUGCCAACCUUCGCUGACCUGGCCGCCCACAAUCAGACAUUUGUGAAGAAGCUGCGGAACCAAAUAACCCACACGGUCUCCGUGCUGGCAGAACGGACCGAAACCCUCAAGUCCGGCUGUGUGGACACCGAGGAAGCAGACAUCUAUCUGCUCAUCGAUGGCUCGGGGAGCACCCAGGCCACGGACUUCCAGGAAAUGAAGACCUUCCUGUCGGAGGUGGCGAGCAUGUUCCACAUCGGCCCCCACAAGGUGCGGGUUGGGGCCGUGCAGUAUGCCAACAGCUGGGACUUGGAAUUUGAGAUUGGUAAAUACUCCAACAAGCAUGAUUUGGGAAGGGCCAUUGAGAACAUCAGGCAGCUGGGUGGGGACACAAACACAGGUGCAGCCCUGAACUUCACGCUGAGGCUGUUGCAAAAAGCGAAGCAGCAGCGAGGGAACAAAGUGCCGUGUCACCUUGUCGUCCUGACGAACGGCAUGUCCAAGGAUAGCAUCCUGGAGCCUGCAAAAAGACUGAGAGAAGAAAACAUCCGGGUCUACGCCAUCGGGGUCAAGGAGGCGAACCAAACACAGCUGCGAGACAUUGCAGGAGACGAAAAGAGAGUGUACUACGUGCACAACUUCGACGCUUUAAAAGACAUAAGAAACCAAGUUGUUCAAGAAAUCUGUGCUGAAGAAGCCUGCAAAGACUUGAAAGCUGACAUCAUGUUUCUGGUGGACAGUUCUGGAAGUAUAGGACUCGAAAACUUUGGCAAAAUGAAAACAUUCAUGAAGAACUUGGUGAGCAAAUCUCAGAUUGGGGCACAUCAUGUGCAAAUUGGUGUAGUCCAGUUCAGCCACAUCAAUAAGGAGGAGUUUCAGCUGGACACAUUCAUGUCACAGAGUGACAUUUCAAAUGCGAUAGACAGGAUGGCUCACAUUGGCGAAACCACCCUGAUGGGCGGAGCCCUGACCUUCGUGUCUCAGUACUUCAGCCCUGCCAAGGGGGCCCGGCCCAACGUCAGGAAGUUUCUCAUCCUCAUCACGGAUGGCGAGGCUCAGGACGUAGUGAAGGAACCCGCAGUGGCACUUCGGCAAGAAGGCGUGAUUAUCUACUCCGUGGGAGUGUUCGGCUCCAAUGUCACCCAGCUAGAGGAGAUCAGCGGGAGGCCAGAGAUGGUUUUUUAUGUUGAGAAUUUCGACAUUCUGCAGCGCAUCGAAGAUGAACUUGUGUUUGGAAUCUGCAGCCCCCGUGAAGAGUGCAAGCGGAUUGAAGUGUUGGAUGUUGUAUUUGUAAUUGAUAGCUCUGGCAGCAUUGACUAUGAUGAAUACAACAUCAUGAAGGAUUUUAUGAUUGGCUUGGUGAAGAAAGCCGACGUCGGCAAGGCUCAGGUCCGAUUCGGGGCUCUGAAGUACGCUGAUGACCCAGAGGUGCUGUUUUAUCUGGGUGACCUUGGCACAAAGGUGGAGGUGAUUUCCAUGCUGCAGAACGACCAGCCCUUGGGGGGCAACACUUACACUGCCGAGGCAUUAGCCUUCUCAGACCACAUGUUUACAGAAGCCCGGGGCAGCCGCCUGCACAAGGGGGUCCCCCAGGUCCUCAUUGUGAUCACUGAUGGGGAAUCCCACGAUGCUGAAAAACUCAAUGGCACUGCAAAGGCCUUGCGAGACAAAGGCAUCCUCGUCUUGGCUGUGGGCAUUGCUGGCGCCAAUCCCGUGGAGCUGUUGGCCAUGGCAGGAUCAAGCGACAAGUACUUCUUCGUGGAGACCUUUGGAGGCCUGCAGGGGAUAUUUUCAGAUGUGUCAGCCAGUGUCUGUAACUCUUCGAAAGUAGAUUGUGAAAUUGAAAAAGUGGAUCUUGUCUUCCUCAUGGACGGUUCCAACAGCAUUGACCCAAGUGACUUCAAGAAGAUGAAGGAGUUUGUAGCAUCUGUUGUUCAAGACUUUGAUGUCAGCCUCAACAGAGUGCGGAUUGGAGCAGCCCAGUUUAGCCACACCUAUCAGCCAGAGUUUCUCCUGGGAACUUUCACAGGUGAAAAGGAAGUGUCACUUCACAUUGAAAACAUCCAGCAGAUCUUUGGGUACACACACAUUGGCGCUGCCCUCCGCCACGUGGGACGUUACUUCCAGCCGGACAUGGGCAGCAGGAUCAACACAGGAACCCCCCAGGUGUUGCUGGUCCUCACAGAUGGCCAGUCUCAGGAUGAGGUAGCCCAGGCUGCCGAGGAGCUGCGCCAGAAAGGUGUGGACAUCUACUCGGUGGGCAUCGGCAAUGUGGACCAUCAGCAGCUGAUCCAGAUCACGGGGACCGCGGAUAAGAAACUCACAGUUGAUAACUUUGAUGAGCUGAAAAAGAUCAAAAAAAGGAUUGUGCGCAACAUCUGCACCUCGGGGAGUGAGAGCAAUUGUUUUGUGGAUGUUGUGGUGGGAUUUGAUAUCUCAACUCAUCAGAACGGGCAGACUAUGUUUGAAGGCCAGCCUUGGAUGGAAGCCUACCUUCAAGACAUCUUACGUGCCAUCAGCUCCCUCAAUGGAGUAAGCUGUGAAGUGGGCACAGAGACUCGGGUGAGUGUGGCUUUUCAAGUGACAAAUGCCCUGGGGAGAUACUCUCCCAAGUUUGAGAUCUACAGCGAAAACAUACUGAACAGCUUGAAGGGCGUAACAGUCAAAGGACCUUCGCUUCUCGACACAAACCUCCUGACUUCUCUGUGGGAUACGUUUCAGAACAAAUCGGCUGCCCGAGGAAAGGUGGUCCUAUUAUUUUCAGAUGGAUUGGAUGAUGACAUUGAGAAACUUGAACAAAAAUCUGAUGAACUCAGGAAAGAAGGCCUGAAUGCCCUCAUAACCGUGGCUUUGGAUGGAGCUGUCCAUUCAAGUGACCUGGCUGAUCUUCUCUACAUGGAGUUUGGGAAGGGAUUUGAGUACAGAACACAGCUCACUAUUGGCAUGAGGGAUCUUGGGAGCCAGCUGUCCAAGCACCUGGUCAACGUUGCUGAAAGGACUUGCUGCUGUCAGUUCUGCAAGUGCAUUGGAAGAGACGGUGCCAUGGGAGAGCCUGGACAAGCCGGGAAAAGGGGCCUCGCAGGUUUCAAAGGCAGUGAAGGCUACCUGGGAGAAGAGGGUAUUGCAGGAGAAAGAGGCGCCCCUGGGCCAGUGGGGGAGCAAGGGACUAAAGGAUGUCAUGGCGCCAAAGGCCCCAAGGGAAACAGAGGACUGAACGGACAAGAGGGAGAAGAUGGGGAAAGUGGAAUUGACGGAUUAAAUGGAGAACAGGGUGACAAUGGUCUUCCUGGAAGAAAAGGAGAAAAGGGUGAUGAGGGAAUCCAGGGAAUCCCUGGAAGGAGAGGGACUUCUGGUGACCACGGAGCCAAGGGCCUGCGGGGCGAUCCUGGAAAUCCUGGAACUGACAACAGCGUAGAAGGACCCAAGGGCUUGAAAGGAGAACGUGGAAGACAAGGCAGGAGAGGCUGGCCGGGCGCCCCUGGGACUCCAGGCUCCAGGAGAAAGACGGCAACUCGUGGCAGAAGGGGUCAGACAGGUCCACAGGGAAUAACAGGCAUCCCAGGCCCAGCUGGACUCGAAGGCUCACAGGGACUCAGGGGCCAACAGGGCCGAAGAGGAGAGGCUGGUGUAAAAGGAGAAAAAGGAGAUCUGGGAAGUAAAGGCCCCCAGGGGCCUCCAGGACCUGGAGGAGAAGCAGGGAACCAAGGCCGUUUGGGCAGCCAAGGAAAUAAAGGAGAACCUGGAGAUGUGGGAGAGAAAGGAGCUGUUGGCUUUCCUGGUCCUCGGGGCUUGCCGGGUGACGAUGGCAGUCCGGGUUACGGUCGUGUGGGAAGUAAAGGAGCAAAGGGGCAAGAAGGCUUCCCCGGAGAAAGCGGACCUAAGGGAGAGACUGGGGACCCUGGUAGUCCAGGAGAGCCGGGGCCCAAAGGAGCCCGGGGCAACACGGUAUCUGCUGGGCUUCCAGGCGAGCCAGGAUCCCCGGGGGAGCCGGGACCUCCAGGACGCAAGGGUGUGAAAGGGGCCAGAGGCUUGGCGCCAUUUUCCAUGUGUGAGCUCAUCCAGUAUGUGCGGGACCACAGUCCUGGCGGACACGGGAGCCCCGAGUGCCCCGUGCACCCCACGGACUUGGUGUUCGCGCUCGACCAGUCGCGGGGCGUCACGGCGCAGGCGUUCUCGCGCAUGAAGGCGAUGGCGGCGGCCGCGCUGCGCGGCGUGCGCGUGCGCACAGGCGGGUGUGCCGUGGGCGCGCGCGUGGCCGUGCUCACAUACGGGGGCGCGGGCACGCGGCACGUGGUGCGCUUCUCGGACGCCCUGGACGAGAGCCGGCUGCUCGGCGCCAUCGACGCCAUCCCGUACGAGGCUUCGGCGUCCGUAGGCGACCUGGGCCGCGCCGUGCGGUUCAUCUCCAGGAACGUGUUCAAGCGCACGCUGCCGGGCGCCCACGCGAGGAGGAUCGCCGCCUUCUUCAGCGCGGGCGCGGCCGACGCUGCGGAUCUUCAGGAGCUCACGGCGGCCACCAUGGAGCUGGGAGCGCUGGACAUCGUGCCCGUGGUGAUCGCCUUUGGCGCGGUCCCCACGGUGCGGCGGGCGUUCGCUAUUGAUGACACUGGCACAUUCCAAGUCGUAGUGGUUCCCCUCGGGACUGACUACACCCCAGCAUUAGAGAGACUCCAGCGAUGCACUUUCUGCUACGACACUUGCCAGCCAGAUGCCGCUUGUGAGCAGGCCAGACCACCCCCUGUGCAGUCGUACAUCGAUGCCGCUUUCCUCCUGGACGGCUCCCGGAACAUGGGGAGUGCUGAAUUCGAAGAUAUAAGAGCCUUCCUGGGAGCACUCAUAGAUAACUUUGAAAUCACCCCGGAGCCUGAGACCUCUGUCACCGGAGACCGGGUGGCGCUGUUGACCCACAGCCCCCCCGACUUCCUACCCAACACUCAGAAGAGUCCCGUUAGAGCCGAGUUCAACCUCACCACCUACAGCAGUAAGCGCCUCAUGAAGAGGCACGUGCAAGAGUCCGUGCAACAGCUCAACGGAGAGGCUUUCGUUGGCCAUGCCUUACAGUGGACUCUGGACAACGUCUUUCUAAGGACACCCCACGUGAGAAGAAACAAAGUCAUAUUUGUGAUCUCUGCUGGAGAAACCAGUCACUUGGACGGGGAAGCCUUAAGGAAAGAAUCCUUGCGGGCCAAAUGUCAGGGCUAUGCCCUAUUUGUGUUUUCCCUUGGCCCUGCUUGGAACGGUGAGGAACUGGAAGAACUAGCCAGCCACCCUUUGGAUCACCACUUGGUCCAGCUUGGCCGAAUUCACAAACCUGACCACAAAUAUGCUGUGAAGUUUGUGAAGUCCUUUAUAAACUCAGUCAGGCGUGCAAUCAACAGAUACCCGCCAAUAAACCUCAAAGCCAAGUGCAACAGACCAAGCUCUACAGAACCAAAGCAGCCCCUGCAACAGUUUCAAAGCUUUGUUCCUGGACUACAUAAACUUGUCCUCAAAGAAGACACAUUAUCGAAGGCAAGAUUCUUCCAAAAUAAAAAAUAUUUUUCAAGAGUUACAAGAGGUGGCAGAGAUGCUGCUAUUCAAAAUUUUACCAGAAAUAUAUCCUUUAACUUUCAAACUGGAAGAAGGGGGAUAAAAGGUGCCCCCGGACAACAUGAUAAAGGAAGUGCACGAACAACUUAA